AUGAAUCUGUGCAAAUUUGCCGAUGAAGAUCUAGCAAAUCAGCUGCUACAUCGAGAUGUGGAUCUUGGAAGCCCCCACCCAAAUAACGGACUUCCGAAUUGGCAUCAGCUUUUACGCCAACAAAACCCUGAACCAAUGUUACGUUGGUUCUGGAGCCGUAACCAAGAGCUUCCAAGCGAUCUCUUGACUUAUGCGGCCAGACGCAACUGCGUGGCCGGGGCCAAGUGGAUCUCGCACCACACCGAAAGCCACGACGACUGGCGCCAAGCUAUAUCUGAAGCUGCCGACAAAACGGAGCGGGAGAGCGCUGAAAUCUUUAAAUUACUUAUACAACAACUGCCUCCGCAAUAUAGAAGGGACGACAUGGGCCGCACGCUCUCUGAGCAACUUUUGAGCACGAUCGUCGGCAGAGCGUGCGUUGAUAGUCGUUCGAAUGUUUUUUUACUUCGUUUGCGUUUGCAAAGCGACAAAGCAUGUUUGGAGGAGGUUGCUGUUCAGAAGAUCCAAACAAUUCAUGAGUUGAAUACGACUGCUGAAGUGGCUGGCAUGAAGGUUCAAGCGAUGCAAGCCGGCCUACAAUUGGUGACAGAAGCUCUAGAGGCUUUCGAGAAUUAG